AUGAUAGAUGAUGUCAUCUUGUCUGCCGCCUCCAGGUCCAUUCCCAUGCGUAUGGGAGACUACAGCCUCAGUAAAAAUGAGGGGACAGAGCAGUGCAUCACAUCGGCCAAGGCCUUCCCCCACCCCAACUACAACAGCAAUACUCAUGACAGCGACAUCAUGCUCCUGAAGCUGGCCAACCCCAUCCACAUCACGGAGUAUGUUGACUAUGUCAACAUCAGCACAGCAUGCCCAGCUCUUGGCAUCAGCUGUUUGGUGUCUGGCUGGGGCACCACCGACAGCCCCGAAGCAAAGUACCCUGACAUUUUGCAGUGUGGCACCGUCAAAGUCCUCAGUGAUGGAGAAUGCAAAAAAGCUUAUCCUGGAAGCAUUACCAAAAACAUGCUGUGUGCUGGGGUGACUGAAGGAGGUGUGGACUCAUGCCAGGGCGACUCUGGGGGUCCACUGGUGUGCAACGGGAAGCUGGAGGGUAUCGUGUCCUGGGGAAUGCAGGUUUGCGGACGGAAGGGCAAGCCGGGUGUCUACGCCAAAAUCUGCAAGUUCACGGACUGGAUUCUCAAAACUAUAAAGGACAACUCACGUACCUGAGUCCUGGCAGCUGGCCCCAUGAGAGAUCCCCCUCCACACGUACCCCUUCUCCAGAGCCUGGAAUAAACCCUGUGAAACACUCCCCACAUCUCCAAAUGUGGUGUCUCCUUUAUGGCUCAGUGAAGACUGGAUGAUCCCAAGACUUGACCCAACAUCCACCCAAGGGUCCAAGGACUUUAUGUUUCCCCUUGUGCACCCAGGAUGUAGCUUCUGUCUCU